GGGAUCUAUGGGAAGGUCAUAAAAAUGACACUUUUUGUGAAACACUUGGCAUUGAAGGGUUAUCCAUCUGUACAUAUGUAUGAGGCUACAGCCUGUUAGCUUAGACUGUUUCAGUCCAAAGGUCACUAAAUCCUUGACUGGGUUCAACAGCUCCUGGAGAGCUCCACUGUUUGCCUGCCAAAUGGCUGAACCAAUAAAGGAGGCAGGCAGAUAAACCAUAGUGUAUUGUUUUUGUGAUUCAUUCUUUUAUUGAUUAAACAAAGAUGCAGAAUUGUGUCUUCAUGCUAAACUAAGCUGACUGACUAGAACCCUACUUCAUAAAGACAAAAGAAUAGUGUCAAUCUUCUCAUCCCAGGGGCGUAAUUUCCAGGGGGGUUAGAGGGGUUAUGACCCCCCCCCCCAAUAAUGAGACCCUACCAAUAUAACUCCCCAAUAAAAUUAUGAAUUAUUUUACAUAAAUAGGCUGUUAAUUUCUUUACUCAUUUCAAGUAUUACCAGCAAAAUAGUUGCAUGUUUAAACAUCUGGGAAUUUACCCAGAUUUAUUUAUUUAUUUGGACAGAGAUCUUGACCCCCCUGAUGUUCAGCACAACGUUACGCCGAUGUCUCAUCCAACUCUUUAUUAAAAUGUUAACAGGUGUACAAUACUAAACAAAAGUCCUGAUUAACCCCUCAUUUCUGUAUAUUUUUAUAUCAAAAUGGAAAACGGAUGCAGUGAUUUAGCUAAACGAUACAUGGAAAUACAGUAGACAAAGCAAACCUGACCACCUUUAUUCUUCAACACAGCCUGAACUCUUUUAGACAAGCUUUCUUGUAAUUUUUCCAAGUAGUCUUCAGCAAUACUUCUCCUCUAUUCAAAGCUCUCAUUUAGAUGUUGGCUGGCUUUUGUUCUUUUCUCUGUCGAGAUGAUCCCACACUGCUUCAAUAACGUUGAUGACCAGGCUAUGGGGAGACCAAUACAUGACUGAUAGUGUUCCACUGUGUUUUUACUGCAUUGGCAGUGUUUUUUUGGGAUCAUUAUCAUGCUUAAAAAUGAUAUUGCUGCCCAUCUGACGCAUGGUGGAUGGAAAUCUGACAGUACUUUUCUGGAUUCAUAAUUCCACCAGUUUUGACAACAUCUCCAACACCACUGGCUAAAAAAUACAGCCCCAAACAAUGACAGAGCACCCACUAUGUUUUACAGAUGGCUGUAGACACUCAUUGUUGUACCUCUGUCUGUGAUGUACGUCUUCCUCAUUUCAUAAGACCUGAUACUAUUGACUUUUUGUAUAGUUCUUAAGUAAUUUGGCCUCAGCCUUUUCUCCCUGUUUACUUUCCUUAAGAACGGCUUCUUCACAGCCACCUGUCCACUAAAAACAUUUUUUUGACAAAGUCUUUUUAUUAUAUUUUGGUAUAUGUGUAUUAUAUUUGAUGUUUUCUCAUACAUAACAACAUAUAAUAUGGAGUAUAUGAAUGAAAAUAAGAGAACAACUAAUUGUGAAAAACUAGCUUUUGAAUGAGAAGCAGCCAGUACUUUAAAACACCUUUAGAAAUCCUGGAGAACUAUUGGUCAAACUCAAUAAGUAAAGUUUGGCUCCUUGGAUGCAAAAUAUAAAGAAAUGAGAGAUGGUUGUCAUUAGGCAUACUGUUAAAAUGUUAGAGUAUGAUUGACUUUAACUGCGGAAUAACUGGGAGCACUUCAUGCAUGCUUGCCAACAGCAAGCCACUAUAGCCAGUAUAUUCUUGCUUUUUCUGAUGUGACCAAGAUUUCAGCUAAAGCAAAUCUAUCAUUUGCAAAAAGGUUUUAGAUAAUGUCUCACAUGUGAGUGAUUACUAAGUUAGUCCACAAUCACAUCAAUCUCUUGUUAAAUUACCUUUUUUUCCUCCAUUUAGAUUAUCUUGUUUAUUAGCUACAAACUCUCCGUCGUGCCCAGCGUUAAAAGUAAAUAGAAAAAUCACUUCUCAGCAGAACCAUGAUGAUCUAAUGAACACUGCGACCUUGGUGCUUUAUAGACUUGAAGUCGUCUCUCUGUCUGUUAUGGUGCAAUAAGCUGGCCGUCCUUCACUGCAUCGAGACAUUCUUUAUUUGUUCUACAAAUACAAAGAAUUGGAUACGCGGCCACAGCAGAGUCGACAUUGCGUGGUGUCAGUGUGAUAUUAAGAGACACGUCUCUCCCUCUCUGUCUCUUUCUCACACACACAGACACACACAUCAAUUGAUCCUCAGGCCUCCCCAGCACAAGUAGCUUCCUUUAUAUCUUAUCUUCUCCAAGAGAGUCACACAACUUGUAUUUAGCUGGAACUAAAGACAAAGUCCCAUGUGAAGAUUGCACGUAGCGAUAGGCUUAUCUUCCCCCGCUCACAACUACAUGAUCAGAAGACAAGCAACAAUGGUCCAUAACUCUUCAGAGAGCAUCAUUUAACUUAAAAAUCCCCCAAAAGUGUACGUGGCUCCGUAUAGCAGCAUAAAAGUGAGUGUUCCAUCUUUGGAGAAUUUUCCACUUACUCAACGUUUAUCCUAGUUAAGGUAAUAAUCCAUAACAAUUUCAGAUAGAGGUCUACUUCAUCUGUUCCACAGAUGGAUUCCACAGUGGUAAUGCAGCUUACACCCACUUCAUGAAAGCUUUUAACAUUUAUUUUGCCAGAAAGGUCUUUCCAACUGAAUCUUGUUGAGGAAAAGAAAUGAUGCAUAUUUCAGGCCGCUCUUGGAAUUUAGCUGUAAACAGAAGAACAGGGUAGUUAGCACGAGUAGUGGGGAUAACCCAAAAAUCUCAGGUUCGCCGGAAAUUCAGAAUAAAAAGAUAAAAAGCAGCAGUGCCCGAUGGAGGCCUGAAUGAGACCCUGUACAUAAAUAGUCAAAUGUUACAGCAGUAAUGUUCACUUCAGUCUGCGUGCAUUCAGUUUACAUGUUAUUUCCUGAACUACCUGAAAUACGGAGCGCUGAUAAUUUCUCGAUCCUUGCAGAGUGUUUUACUUUACGUCUGGGAAAACGAGAAUGUCUGACAAGGAAGAAAUGGCUUCAGAUGGGAGUUUGAACGUUACACUGACGCUGAGGCUGCUGAUGCACGGAAAGGAAGUUGGCAGCAUAAUUGGGAAGAAAGGAGAAACAGUCAAGAAAAUGAGGGAGGAGAGUGGCGCUCGCAUCAACAUAUCAGAGGGCUCGUCCCCUGAGAGGAUAGUCACCAUCACAGGACCUACAGAGGGCAUCUUUAGAGCCUUUUCCAUGAUUGCGCAAAAGUUUGAAGAGGAUAUUACCGCAGCAAUGACAAACAGCAACGUGACAAGCAAGCCACCUGUGACACUUCGCCUGGUUUUCCCGGGGAGCCAGUGUGGCUCACUGAUUGGCAAAGGAGGCUCAAAGAUCAAAGAAAUCCGAGAGACCACAGGCGCUCAGGUUCAGGUGGCAGGAGACAUGCUGCCGGACUCCACAGAGAGGGCUGUCACAAUCUCCGGCACUCCACAGGCCAUCACUCAGUGUGUAAGACACAUCUGCUCUGUGAUGCUGGAGUCUCCACCGAAAGGCGCAACUAUUCCCUACCGUCCCAAGGUCGUACCUGCUGGAACCCAUGCAGUAUUAGCACCACAGCACUCUGCACAAGCCUUUGCAAUUCCAGGGCAGUAUGCUUUUGCACAUCAAGAUUUGACCAAGCUUCACCAGUUGGCUAUGCAGCAUAUCCCCCUCCCUUCCCUUGGGCAGAGCAACCCUACCUUCCCUGGAUUGGAUGCAUCUGCCCCCACAAGUUCACAAGAGCUGGCAAUACCUAAUGAUUUCAUUGGCUGCAUAAUUGGAAGACAGGGUAGCAAGAUCAAUGAGAUUCGCCAGGUCUCUGGAGCUCACAUCAAAAUUGCCAGCGCCACUGAUGGCUCAGCCAUGCGCCAAGUCACGAUCACAGGUUCACCAGCCAGCAUCAGUGUGGCCCAGUACCUCAUCAAUGCCAGCUUAGAGAUGGCUAAAUACACAAUGCAGGCCGCUUCCUCUGCGACCCCAGUUGACCUGAACAUGAGCUUCUCACAGUCUGCUUCCACUGCCUCCACUUCUGCAACCUCUAUGGCCGUCCUGGCGGCCACCACCCCAGCCCCCACCACAAUUAACGUCCACUCUCCCUCCACCUUACCAGCCAUCCAAAACCCACACUACGCCGUCCCCGUUUCCAGCCUGCUUGGCAUGAAAACGCUCCCCGUGCUGGCCGUCCACCCAGCAGCCGCUUCCAGCCUAACGCAGGGUUUAUCCCCUUACACCGCAAAAAUGCCAACCUCCGGCGUCAAAAAGUCAGAGCGGCAGAAGUUUGCUCCUUAUUGACACCUGCUUUUGAGCCCAGGCAUCGUAGCCGACCGAUAGGACCUAAUUAAAAAGGAUGGCAAGUAUAUAGGCCUAAAAUCGGCUUACACCAGUGUGUAAGUUUUCCCCGUGUAACAUUUGUUUCCCAUAAAUCAGGAUGACAUUAGACAGAGGCAGAAAGGCUGGCAGUAUCAAAACAUGUUCUCGUUAAUUAAAUGAGGCAGUAGAGGUGCAUAUUAAGUCAGUAUUAUCUCAUGGACAUGUAUAACAAUUAAUGUGGGUAACUCAGGCUUGUAUUCAUAAAAAAGCUAUUUUUCAAAUGGAUUUGUGUUCCAGAGCUUUAUAUGAAGACUUAUCCCGAUGCAAUUAUUGACUUAGUUUUCUGUCCGUGUGACUAGUUUUUCCUAGAAAAUGUCAACUAGCAAUAAAAGAUGUGGUGCUUUUGUUGGCAGCAGGCUGUUAAACUUUUGGUUUUUCACUGUAGAAGUCAGCGUGUUAAGUGUUUUUUUUUUUUUAACAAGGAUUGUUCCACUCUUCUGUCAUAUUCCCCUCCCUCUCUUUCACUAUAGGCUCUCAUCAGUGCUAACAGGCUUGGGUGUUCUGUAGUAGCGUUGCACUGUUGCAGUUCUGAUGGGAUUAUCUUAAAGCCACAUUGGAUUCUAGUGGAUUUCACCCUACACAGUAAUCAUGUAAAGCAGGGACUGGCCUGACUAACUCUCACUCGCUCGUAUCGUACGCUGGCUUGUUUCUUGUUUAUUCUCCAGCCUCGGCGAGUGGGGGAAGACUUCGACUUGCUGCAUCCGAAACGGGGCGCUGAUCAGUUAUUUUAAUAAAUGUUUUAUUCAUGUGUUCCUGGUGUGGCAACCCCCCCCACCCCCACCCCACCGCCACCCUCCAAAAAAUACCAGAAUGCAGAUUUAUUAUAUUUGUUGAUGAAAUGACUUUGAAAUAAAUGGGACUUUUUACGAAUGCA